UCGGGGAACGUUUCACAAGUGGUCGGGAUACGGAGGGGAGCGGGCGAGCCGGUCGGGACAAGCGAGACAAGCGACGCGAGCUGCAGGGACCGUUGUGUUUCGGCGUCGCGGCUUCGCGUUUCCCCUUUCGAGUUGAGGGGCAGCAAAGACAGCCACCCGCGCCGCGAGUGCUAGUGUGUGUGUGAGUGUCCAGCGGCGCCAAGCAGCGCGACCAAGUGCGUGCGCGUGCGGCAGUGUGCGAGUGUGACGGCAGUGUUUACAGCCGGAGUGAGGUUAUGUCCGUCCAGGAUGCGUCUGGUCGGAGGGCCGGGCAGCCCGGGCCGGUGCAGUGAGUGCCAGUGUGUCGCCUGCUUCGCUCGUCCGCGAUGAAGCCCUGGAGGUAGGCGGCCGGCACCGGGUCUGCGGGCCGCGGUCCAGGUCGUCGGGGAGGUCCAGGUCCAGGGAGGCUGUGCCGGCAUGCACGUCAACGUGUACCCCGGGUACUGACGACACAGUCCGCACUGGCAUACUACCCUCACCCAGGAGCACCUGGGGUCGAGCCCGGGGGGGCCGCCCCCCUGGCGCUCGCUCCCGCCCCCGCCCCCGCCGCGUCCCCCCAGCAGAUGGGGGCGGAGGUGCUGCCCGCCAAGAAGCAGAUGGCCGUGGAGCGACUCCGGCGGCGCUUCGACGGCUACCGCAAGCACCAGGUGGACUGCAUCCCCAGGUUCAACCAGAGCUUCGAGGGCCUGGUGGAGCAGAACAUCCAGGACACGCUGGUCCUGCGGCAGCGCUACCUGGAGAGCAAGGCCAAGCGCGCCGCCAAGAAGAGUGACAAGAAGCAGGCCGACGGUCCGCCGCCCAACCAGCAUGGGAGGCCACUCAAACGACUGGGAGAGGACCUGGACGGUGAUGGCUACGGGGACGGUCCGGCGGCCAAGUCAGGGAGGAACGGGCCUAACCAUGGUCCGAACCACGGUCCGAACCUCGGCCCCAACCAUGGUCCGAACCACGGACCGAACCAUGGGCCAAACCAUGGGCCAAACCACGGCCCGAACCACGCGCAGAACCAUGGGCCAAACCACGGACCAAACCCUGGACCGAACCACGGUCCCAACAACGGUCCGAACCACGGGCCUAACCAUGGACCAAACCCUCAGCCGCAGCAGCAGCCGGCGUCGGGGCAGCAACAGCAGCAACAACAGCAGCAGGGCGAGGCUCUCACCAAGUUCUCGGUGGAGAUCGUCCAGCAGCUCGAGUUCACGACGUCGGCCGCCUCGUCGCAGCCGCAGCAGAUCUCCACCAACGUGACCGUCAAGGCGCUCACCAACACGUCCGUCAAGAGCGACAUCCUGCACCCCAGCCCCGCGGCCGCGGCCACCUCGCAGGCCUCCUCGCAGGCGAGCUCGGCGCCGCAGACGCCGCGGACGCCGAGGACGCCGUCGGGCGGGCCGCUGGUGGAGUGCAAACAGGAGCCCGGCGUCGGCGAGGAGUUCGUCGACCUGGAGCAGUGCGCCGCCGCCCUGGACCGCGAGCGCUCUAACGGCGCCUUCCCGUCCUUCCCCGGCUUCGGCGACCUCAUGGGCGACGACACCGGCGACGAGGUCAUCACCUCCGACGUGCUCAACGAACUCAUGUCCGACAUCGGCGAGUUCCCGCCCGACUUCAUGAAGGACUUCGGCCUGGAGGACAACAAGCCGGCCGUGCUGCCGCUCAAGGAGGAGCCCGAGCAGGACAACAAGAUGCUGGUGCAGCAGCAGCUCUUGCAGCAGAAGGCCAUGCAGUUCGGCGCGCAGCCCGGCGCGCAGCCCGGCGCCCCGCAGAACGCGCAGAGCGCGCAGAACGCGCAGAACCCCCGCGCAGCCAUGUUCCCUGUGUCCGGGCUGUCCGAGCUCAGCCCCGCCGCGCAGACGCUCAAGCAGAUGGCCGAGCAGCACCAGAACAAGUACCAAGGCCCCGCCGGCUACCCCGGCCCCGGCCUCGGCCCCGCCUCCAUGGGCGCCAUGGGCACCAUGGGCCCCAUGCGCCAGCAGUACGCCGACUGGCCCGGCGACUUCUACAAGGGCGGGCCCCAGGGCGGACCGCAGGGUGGGCCGCAGGGCCCUGCGCAGGGCUACCCCAGGCCGCAGGGGCCCCCGAAGGGGCAGCAAGGAUUCCGGCCGCAGUUCCCGUUCGGAAACCAGGGCGGCCAGGGCCCCGGGCAGCCGCCUGGCGGGCCUGGACACCAGCAACCUGGCCAUCAACAACCUGGCCAUCAACAACCCGGGCACCAGCAACCUGGUCAUCAACAACCCGGACACCAGCAACCUGGACACCAGCAACCUGGACAUCCGCAGCCUGGUCACCAACAACCUGGCCAUCAACAACCUGGUCACCAGCAACCUGGCCAUCAACAACCUGGUCACCAGCAACCUGGCCAUCAACAACCAGGCCAUCAGCAACCUGGCCAUCAACAAGCAGGACACCAGCAGCCUGGACACCAACAACCCGGCCAUCAACAACCCGGCCACCAACAACCCGGCCACCAACAACCCGGCCACCAACAACCAGGCCAUCAGCAGCCAGGGCACCAGCAGGGACACCAGCAAGGACACCAGCAGGGACACCAGCAAGGCGGCGCGGGCCCGCAGUUCGGCCCUCGGCCAGGGCUGCAGAUCUCCCAGGCGCAGCACAUGCAGCUGCAGGUGCAGCAGCAGAGCUCCCACAUCCAGGUGUCCGCCGGGCAGCACAUGCAGUUGAACGCGGACAUCAAGCCCAACGUGUCCGUCGCCUCGCAGCAGGGCAUGUUCUUCAGCAACAGCCAGCAGCAGCAGCAACCUCAACCUCAGCAGCAGCCGUCGGGACAGCAGCAGGGUGACACCUUCACCAUGUCGCAGUCGCAGACCAUCAACUUCACCCAGCAGAACAUCCGGCAGCGCGGCGGCAACGCCAGGCAGCAGCAGCAGGCCAACCAGCAGCCGCAGCAGCAGCCCCAGCAGACGGUGCCGCAGCAGCCCAGCCCAGUGCCCCAGCAGCAGCCGGCCCAGCCGCCAAACGGCCCCCAGUCGCAGCCCAUGGCGCAGCCCAUGGCGCAGCCCCAGCACCCCAAGAUGAUCCACCACCAGCAGCAACAGCAGCUCCUCCGGGCGCAGCAGCAGGCAAUGCAGCAGCAGGGCAUGGUCCGCCCUCCGCCGCCCGAGUACAAGAGCCCCCAGCUCAUGCAAGGCGGUCCGCAGGGCGGGCCUCAGGGCGUUCCCCAGGGCGGCCCCCAAGGCGUUCCCCAAGGCGUUCCACAGGGCGUUCCUCAAGGUGGCCCCCAGGGAAUGCCCCAGCGCUUCCCCCAGCAGCGGCCAAUGAUGCGACCGCAGCAACAGGCCAUGUACAUGCAGCAGCAGCAGCAGCAGCGGGGGGCUGCACCGGGGCCCGCCCCGGGAGCCAACCCGGGACAGGGCCCCUACCCCAGGGGCGCAGGCCCCGGACACCCCCGGCAGCGAAUGCCCGCAGGCAUGUCCAUGGGCAUGCAGGGCGGCAUGCAGGGCGGCAUGGCCAUGCCCAUGGGGAUGGGGAUGCGACCCGGAGGCCCGGAGUGGCGCCUCAUGAUGAUGCAGCAGCAGCAGGGGAUGCAGGGCAACAUGCCCAUGCCCGGCGGCAUGCCUGGCAACAACAUGCCUGGAGGCAUGCCCGGUAACAAUAUGCCUGGAGGGAUGCCCGGCAACAACAUGCCUGGAAAUAUGGGCCAAAUGAGGCCAAACUUCCCGCAUGGACCUCAACAGCACCAAAAUCCCCAUCAAGGUCUCAACCAGCAGCAAAUGGUUCAGCACCAGCAGAUUGUGCGAGGCUCUCACAUGCAGAUGAUGGGUCAGCAGCAAGGGAACUCACAGAUGCAAAUGAGCAUGCAGAUGUCGCAGUCAGUUGCCAUGAGUGUGAGCGGAGGUGCCCAUGGGAGCCACCACACCGGAUUUAGCAACAACUCCAACACGAAUAUCCCACCAUCAGGACCAGCUGCCAUCGGGUACCAAAACAGUCCUGGAAAUCCAAAUUAUGGAAGCCCAGGCAACCCAAGUGCUUACGUCAAUUCGCCGAGCAACCCCACUGCCAACACCCCAUCAUUUUGCAACUCACCUGGAAACCAACAGACAUUUCUUAAUAGCCCAGGGUUUGUGAACAGUCCGGGUCAGGGAGUGCCACCUGCUUAUGUGAACAGUCCCGGUCCAACAAACAAUCAAGGAGCCGGAAGCACACAAAACCAAGCGUCGGGUGGCUUCUGUGGAAGUCCCAGUACAACGAACAAUCCUGGAACGCCCUCAGGUGCCACUUCAACCAACACCAAUAGCAAUGCGAACACGAACAAUGACUUUGGCUUGGAUUUCCUAGAAGGAGACCCUGACCUGUUCAGCUCCCUGGAUUCUUCUGCUCCAUUUAAUCUACAGGAUAUUCUCCCAUGAGUCUUUCAUUGUAUAUUCUGGAUAUUAUGUAGAUUGUGUGCUGUAGGAUGAGAUUCUGGCCCUUAGUUUCCCUGAUGCAGUGUCUGUUUCAUCUGAUCUACAGAUCUGCAGAUAUUUUUUUUUCUUUAAAAGUCUAUGUUAGAUAAAAUUAAAAUACUAGUGUGUUGUUUUGCUGUUUGUUUUUAUCUUUCAAGUUUUACGUGAAGAAUAUGUUUUGUUGUCCUUGAUCUGGUGUGAGUGAAUGAAUGUAUGUCUGAGUCAGUCUGAAUGUGAGGAAUGAUGUUUUAUAGUGCGUGUAUUAAUUCAAAAUAUUAUUUAUCCAGAUGCCAUGUACAAGUUCUUUACGUCUUUCUGCCUCUCUUGUUAAACAUAUCCUGUUCCCUAUUUUUUUAUUGCCACUUUUGUUUUUCUGAACAAGUAUUUUAGUUUGUUACUGUUGUCAGUGUAGUGCCAGAUAUUCGUGAGCUCGUUGCUCUCUAUAAUAUCCCACCCAUUCACUGCUGGGCGGGGAGGCCACUCAUAUUUUACAUAAAAUCAGCAACAAAUCAAAAAGUUACCAAUGCAGCGAAGAAAAAAUGUAGCUUGAGUAUUGUAAACUAUACUGGCAUUGUUGCAAAAAGAAGGAAAACUGAGUGGCCACUCUGCACAACAAGGCAGCUUGUGAUAUUGCGUAGACAUUAAGCUUCUUACCCCAUCUAGAUUAUGCACUUGUUUGUAUGAGCUCAAGACUUUAUUUUGUACAUUUACACCUGUUGUUGUCUCAAUUUUUCUAAAUACAGCCCAUGCCUGAUUUUUUUGUGGAUUAAAAUCAGUUACAAAUGGCUUUGGCCAACUCACAGGAAAUGAAAGCAUCUUCACAUGUUCAGUUCAAAGUAUUGCGACUGUGCUUUGAGAAACAAUGCAUUCAAGGUACAUGUGAGAUACUUGUGUCUCUGGUGUGUCAAAAACUCAUCAGCAGUGUGCUUUCCUGAUUCUGAUGACUUCUCUCAUCUGUCUCAGAAAAUUCUUAAUUAAGAUCAUGGAGAAAGACCUUUUCCUAAGGCAAUGCCAAAAAUGCCAAAGGCUAACUUAAAGGGGAAGCAGAUUUUGAUUUGACAUCAUAGUUUUCCUACCUGUAGGCUGUAGGGCUUUUGUGAGGGUGGCAAAGUUUGGGUUCCACAGGAGGAAAGCUUAUAUUUACCUUUUUCUUUGCUCUCCAUGUAAGACAAAAACUUAUUGUUGGUUGACUUAAUUUCUCAGUUUUGUUGCGCUCUGUAUUGAUUUUUUCCAUUCGUCAGCAACCCUAUGGUUUCAUGAUCCAGUGAUAUUCAUUUUAGUAGUUGCUGAGGAGUAACUUGUGUCUAAAUGGUGUUUCUUGAAAAGUUUCAAACCCAAUUUAAGUGUAAAUGUCUAUAAUUUAAUGAAAGAAUCAGAAAAUCAUAAUCAUAAGAUUGUUACCAGCACUGUUGUGCUAUUAUUAGCUUCGAAAUAAGAAUAUUAGUUAUUUGAACAUAAAGUGUGCAAUGACAUACAUACCCUUUUUUUAUUUUGUAAACUCGUCAUAUUUAUUGUACUAAAUUUUUUAUUUUUACCGUUUAAUUUUUUCGAAAGCAGUAUUAUGCCCUGCAUCAUGAUAUUUUACUCUCUGAUGAUGUGGCUGUUCAAUUAUGGUAAUGAUAGCUCAUGCCUGAUCAAGUUGUUUAAUCCCAUUGUGAGACAUUGUACGCUAGGAGUAACUAAUUUCACAAUAUUUGUUCUUGGUAGUGCAUGCAAAAAAAGAAAAAAAAACAAUCACAGUUGAUCAACAUCCAGGUAUAUGUCCCUUAAUAUUCCCACAAUCAAUGAUGAAGUGUGCUCAUUUUUUUGGAGAAAAUUAUCAUCUUAAUUGCUGUAGAUACAUAUUGUUCGUGUGGAUUUUAUUUGCACAUUCCAAAAAGACUGGUGUACUGUACAUUCCUCAUUCCAUUGUUUUAUGAACCUUGAUGUUAAUCUUCUCUGUAUUGUUUUUGCUGAAUGGAACUUGUCUAGUGACAGUCAAGUUUGGUUUCCCUCACAUAGUGGAGUUGUUAGGAUGGAGGAUAGGAUGACAAAUAUGGUCAACAUGCAUACUUGAGUCUUCUGUGUUUGCUGGGGCAAUUAAUAAAACUCAAAAAGCUGGUGCAGUUAUUUGUAAACAAGGCACCUGUCUCUUUCUCUGAGGUUCAGUUUAAAUAAAACUUGUUUUUAGGUUUUGUAUAAAUAGAGUGUAUAUUGACAAAUCAUGUUACUUUAUAAUUGCCAUGUCUGUAUACAUUCAUCAAACAUGCCCAUAUUUAUGUUACUUCACUUCAGUAGACUUACAAUGAAUUUUCAGACUUGUAAAUGCCAAAUUAGUUAGUAGGACCAAAUAGACAGUAAUCACAUUCUAUCUGUUACAACAGAUGAGUGUAGCAUAUUUCAUUGUCUAUGAUACUUGCCAAUAUGGAGGUUGGUUUAAACUUUUGUUUGUUCUAUUAAUAGUCCCUUGUACACUAAGAAGAAGCAAAGUAUGUAGGUUUUCCAAAAAUUCAUUUUUGUCUAUACCUACAUUAAAAUUUUGUACAUUUACUUUACUGUUAAAUGCAGUUUUCUUUUGCUUUGGUUACAGCCAAAACCUCCUUCCCCUGAAAGUUAUCAUAAAUUUAUGAUAUAAAAUAUACAAAUUUAAAUAUA